AUGCAUAGGCCGCAUGCGGUCCCCGCCCAUCGCCGCAUAGGAUUUGCUGCCCGACAAUACUCGACUCGCACCGCCCACCGACACCCGGAAGCCCGUCCUACUCACUUGUCAAGUGCAGCGCAUGCGACUGCGGUGGCUGCUGCUGCAGGCCUCCUCCUGUACGGUCAGAGUCAUGGUCAUUUCGAGAAAGUAGGUGUCUACUUUCACCAAUCUCAAAGAAAAUGCGAUAGCUCCGACAGAUUCUCGCGCUGGGGACGAGAGGCACCUAUCAUCGAAAGGAGCAAAGAUCAAAGAAGGAAGCAGACCAGUACCGACGCACCCGCCGCAUGCGUAGAUGGUUCAGGCGCCCAGUCCCCUCCAUCACAAACGCAGAGGAGUGAGGACAGCGAAGGGAAGAGGCCUUGGAUAGACUUUGAAUCUAUAGGCGACAAGAUCACGAACCUAUUAGUUCCUGACUGGGUCAAGCUCCUGCCGGAGUUCAUCACAAAAUUGCAAAAUGAGCUCUCAAUGGCUCCGGGAUCACUCGCCGAACAAAUAUGGUGGGAAGCUCAUGAUCCUGAGUCAAAUCCUGAGAUCAUAUGGGACGCAGCGGUCAGGGUGUCGAACGAGAUAUGCCCACAAGAGAAGAAUUUCCUCGACAACCGGCGACACUUCACGCGUAAAGCUCUAGCCAGCUAUCUGGAUCUCAAGGAGGAAGAUAUUCACCCGAACGAUAUUCCGGUCAUUGCUAUGUGUGGCUCUGGUGGGGGCCUGAGAGCAUUAGUUGCAGGUGCCUCGUCUUACUUGUCUGCCCAGGAGGCUGGACUGUUCGAUUGUGUGACCUACUCGGCUGGAGUCAGUGGGAGCUGUUGGAUGCAAGCACUUUUCUAUUCUUCCAUCACAGGCCAGAACCACCAAAACCUCAUCAGACACCUCAAAAGUCGACUGGGUGUUCACAUUGCGUUCCCACCGACAGCCCUGUCACUGUUAAACUCGGCCCCCACGAAUAAGUAUCUGCUUGGUGGACUCGUGGAAAAGCUAAAAGGAACACCCGACGCUGAAUUCGGACUGGUUGAUGUUUAUGGACUAUUACUCGCAGCACGUCUACUCGUCCCAAAGGGAGAACUUGCUGUACAUGACGCAGAUCUCAAAGUUUCUAAUCAGCGCCGAUAUACUGAUGGCGGGAAGUUUCCGAUGCCUAUUUACACAGCUGUUCGACACGAGAUACCAUUUCAAGAGCAGAAUGAAACGAGUGUAGAGGCAGCGAAGGAAAGGGCCAAGAGAGAGGCAUGGUUCCAGUGGUUCGAAAUCACCCCAUACGAGUUUUGGUGUGAGGAAUAUGAAGCCGGAAUUCCAACCUGGGCGAUGGGUCGUAAAUUUGAAAAUGGUAAAACCGUCUGGCAGAAUAAUGGCAUGGUACUCCCCGAGACCCGUGUCCCUAUAAUGAUGGGCAUCUGGGGCAGUGCCUUCUGUGCUACACUCUCGCACUAUUAUAAAGAGAUUCGCCCUAUCGUGAAAAGUCUCUCGGGAUUCGGAGGCAUCGACCAACUCAUCGCUGAACGCGACGAUGAUCUCGUAAAGAUACACCCGAUCGAUCCUGCCACCAUUCCCAACUUUGCCUUAGGCAUGCAAGGUGCGCUUCCCACAUCUGUCCCUAAAGAUGUUUUCGAAUCGAAGUACCUCGAGCUCAUGGAUGCUGGAAUGAGCAACAAUCUCCCAAUCUACCCACUACUUCGCCCCGGCCGCGAAGUUGACAUUAUUAUUGCGUUCGAUGCCUCCGCAGACGUCAGGGAAGAUAAUUGGCUCAAAGUUGUUGACGGCUAUGCCCGCCAGCGUGGCAUCAAAGGUUGGCCCAUCGGCGCAGGAUGGCCCACUGUGGGCGAAACAAAAGAGCAAAUCAACCAGGAAUUCGAAUCAGCACAAGCCAACACUGAAGCUGACGCGCAGCAGAAACUUGCCAAGGCACAAGAUUCCGAUGAUAAGGACAGCAGGCCUAGUGCAAACGUUGAGAAGGACCUCGGGUUCUGCAACGUCUGGAUUGGCACCACUGAGGAACGCACUUCAGCAGACAUCCCCCCAACAUCACAUGUCGUAGAAGAAGACUGGCAACUCAUGACGCCAAAUGCUGGUAUCACCGUUGUCUACAAUCCGUUCGUCCCCAAUCCUUCCGUUCCCGGCAUAAACCCCUCCACAUCUGAUUUCAUGUCAACGUGGAAUUUCGUGUACAGCCCAGAAGAAAUAGAGAGCGUUGUGCAGCUGGCUAAGGCAAAUUUCGAAGAGGGCGCCGAGAGGACGAAGAGAACUGUGCGUGCGGUCUAUGAGCGGAAGAAGAAGUUACGACUCGAGACGGAGAAGGUUACGAGGGAGGCAAGGAGGCGAGCGAAGGUGCGCAGGGGUGAAGGAGGGAAGAAAUUAGGACAGGGAGAUCAUGCAGAUCAUUUUUCGUGA